GAGAGAGAGAGAGAGAGAGAGAGAGAGCGCGAGAGCGAGCGCGCGCAAGCUAGCGAGCAAACCAGAGAGACAGACCGAGAGAGGGACCAGGAGAGAGACCCAGAGAGAGAAGAAGAAGCCAGAAGCCGAGCUCUGUCAGGGCUCAACCUCCAACUUGUUUCAGUUCAUUCAUCCUUCUCUCCUCUCCGCUCAGACUGUAGAGCUCGGUCUCUCCAAGUUUGUGCCUAAGAAGAUGAUAAUCACACAAAUGAGUCACUAUUACAUGACCAGCCUUGGGAUUCUUUUCCUGAUUAAUAUUCUGCCUGGAACCACUGGUCAAGGGGAAUCAAGACGACAAGAACCUGGGGACUUUGUGAAGCAGGACAUUGGCGGGCUGUCUCCUAAGCACGCCCCAGAUAUUCCUGAUGACAGCACUGACAACAUCACUAUCUUCACCAGAAUCUUGGAUCGUCUUCUGGACGGCUAUGACAACCGGCUGCGACCUGGGCUUGGAGAUGCAGUGACUGAAGUGAAGACUGACAUCUACGUGACCAGUUUUGGCCCUGUGUCAGACACUGACAUGGAGUACACUAUUGAUGUAUUUUUUCGGCAGACAUGGCAUGAUGAAAGACUGAAAUUUGAUGGCCCCAUGAAAAUCCUUCCACUGAACAAUCUCCUGGCUAGUAAGAUCUGGACACCUGACACCUUCUUCCACAAUGGCAAGAAAUCGGUGGCUCAUAACAUGACCACGCCCAACAAGCUGCUCAGAUUGGUGGACAACGGUACCCUCCUCUACACAAUGAGGUUAACAAUUCACGCCGAGUGUCCCAUGCAUUUGGAAGAUUUUCCCAUGGAUGUACAUGCCUGCCCACUGAAGUUUGGAAGCUAUGCCUAUACAACAGCUGAAGUGGUUUAUUCUUGGACUCUCGGAAAGAACAAAUCUGUGGAAGUGGCACAGGAUGGUUCUCGCUUGAACCAGUAUGACCUGCUGGGCCAUGUUGUUGGGACAGAGAUAAUCCGGUCUAGUACAGGAGAAUAUGUCGUCAUGACAACCCACUUCCAUCUCAAGCGAAAAAUUGGCUACUUUGUGAUCCAGACCUACUUGCCAUGUAUCAUGACUGUCAUUCUGUCACAAGUGUCGUUCUGGCUCAACAGAGAGUCUGUUCCUGCCCGUACAGUCUUUGGUGUCACCACUGUGCUUACCAUGACCACCUUGAGUAUCAGUGCCAGAAAUUCUUUACCUAAAGUGGCAUAUGCGACGGCCAUGGACUGGUUCAUAGCCGUCUGUUAUGCCUUUGUAUUUUCUGCACUGAUUGAAUUUGCCACUGUCAACUAUUUCACCAAGCGGAGUUGGGCUUGGGAAGGCAAGAAAGUACCAGAGGCCCUGGAGAUGAAGAAGAAAACACCAGCAGCCCCAGCAAAGAAAACCAGCACCACCUUCAACAUCGUGGGAACCACCUAUCCCAUCAACCUGGCCAAGGACACUGAAUUUUCCACCAUCUCCAAGGGCGCUGCUCCCAGUGCCUCCUCAACCCCAACAAUCAUUGCUUCACCCAAGGCCACCUACGUGCAGGACAGCCCAACUGAGACCAAGACCUACAACAGUGUCAGCAAGGUUGACAAAAUUUCCCGCAUCAUCUUUCCUGUGCUCUUUGCCAUAUUCAAUCUGGUCUACUGGGCCACGUAUGUCAACCGAGAGUCAGCUAUCAAGGGCAUGAUCCGCAAACAGUAGAUAGUGGUGGCAGUGCAGCAGCCAGAGCACUGUAUACCCUGUGAAGCAUCCAGGCACCCAAACCCCGGGGCUCCCCUUCAUGUAUUUCAGGAUUCUUCUUUUUACCCCUCUACCAAGCUGUGACUCUCAAUUCAUAUUUAUGAAUCUCUAUGAAAAAGAAACUACAGAAAAA